AUGCCUGUCACAGUCCAUGUUAACGAAAACAUCCCCGAGCGAUGGACCUCAGGGAAGGCUGCCUCAGACGAAGAGCUACUGAAAAGUGCAUGCACGGUCGAAUACGGGAAAUGUGAGAAGAUCCUGCAAAGUUCCUUUAGCAGGAGCAUGCUCCGGAAGAACCACAUCUCGCCGUCAAUCAAUGGUUUUGUCUACUCAAUGAUCCAUGCCUACAGCAAUCAUCACACUGUUAGCAUACGCCCAGAAGACGUAUGGUUCGCUAUUCUCUCACAGCUCAGCUUCUACAUCAACGCUCAUGCCGAGGAGUUGCGAUCCUUCUUUGUCGCACAUGAGGGCAGAAAACAGCUGGAAGUCGUCGAGAUUGGAGCUCUCGAGAAUGUAGACAUGAGCAAGAUGACAGAGCGCAUGACUGAGCUGAUCCAGAACAACAUCGUGGACCCCGAACUGCGCGAAUGGAUCAUGCCCACGUUUAGCACGACGACCGACUCGGACCGGGUCGUGGCGUCUAUCUUGAUGAUGGGGAGCCUACAAGCAUACUUUGAGUACAGGUUCAGUAUAUGUUGCGGCAUGCCGAGCGUUACCCUCCUAGGAGAGCGCGAUGACUGGAACAAGAUCCUCGAACGGGUGGACAAGAUGGCCCAACUGGGAGACGAGCCAACGCGGUUUGUGGCGCUGCUCAAGCCUGUCCUGCGACGGUUCAUCGCCAGCUUUGACGAUCCCGUCGCCCCCGAUCUCAUCUCCUUCUGGGCCAGAGCCGUGAACCGGUACUCCGGAAGUGGAAUGGACUUCUGCUGCGGCUGGGUCGCGGCCUUUUGCAUGUGGGAUGUGGAGGGGAAAUACAUCGGAAGAGAGUCGUAUCCUGAUUGCUACGAGCUGGAUGGCAUUCAAUAUCACAUGGCUGACAUAAAGAAAGUCCCGUCUGGGUCUGUGGCUGUGCCUCUGACCAUCGACGACAACGGUAACAUCUUUCCAGCUAGAAUGGUGGCCGGCUCCGUUGGCAUAAAAGCCAAUUUUGCGGCUGAAGCACCUGCCGUCUCUUCCAGCCCAACGCCAAACUCGAGCAACUGCGGGAACGGCGUGGGCCAGCCGGGAUCGGCCAUCGAGCCGGUAACCGGGUGGUGGACCUUUGCCUCAAAGUAG